GGAAAUUUCCGUACCCAAGGGGUCACCGUGAUAUCGCUUUGCAUUACCAAUUGUUUCAAAACGUUUAAGGUGAGUUUUAAACAAUUUUUUGCGUUACAGUAAUAUCAUGAUAGCUGUCUGAAAUGACCAAAACUGGGUUAAGUGUCUAGUCUACGGAGUUACAGAAAAGGGCCAACUUAAAGAUGUUAUCCACACGAUAGCAGGAAAUUACUGUGAGGGCUUAGAAAGUUGCAAUCCCUUUUUGGUCACCUUCGAAGUAUUGAGCGUAAAAUUCUGUCAUUUUUCUUCUUAUGUUUUUUUUUUCUUUGUUGGGUAAUUACAGGAAAUACAAAUAAUGUGUGAUGCAUCUUUCUAUUUCACGAGGAUCUCACACCUCUCCCCCUGAAAAAAAAAAAAAUUUCCCGGAGCCGAACAUUAGCCCACCUUUUAUUUACCCUUCAUGACCCUAGGGCAUUUUGUUGGCUAUGUUUUAAUUUUAGAUGUGUUUAUGAAAUUGGUGGAAACUGAAAAUGACGAAUAGACUAAAUAUCAAAGAUUUUAAAAGCGUUUCUCGGGUUUUUGUCUUAGUUUGCUUCGUCACUUUAAUUUCCCGAGGGGACGGGGGGAGAGAUGGGAAAUAGGAUUUGUUGAUCGGCAUGAGUUUCACAUGAUCAAGUCGCAUUGGAUGACCUCAGCUGAGGAUACCCUACUUUAAUUGUGUAAUAAGGAAUAGGGUGACAACACGGACGCGUCAGAUCCAAAUAAAAGAAAUUAAUUACCAGUAAUUAGACGAAGUUAAAAAAUCAAAGAAUUUACUUGCGCUUUAAUGUUUUUUGCAUUUACUUUGCAGCUUCAUAAGCAUUUGAUCAAGACUGCAAAAUUACAAGUAUACGUACACUUAAAAAGAAAUCAUGGUCACGUUUCUCUUACGUUGGUUACUGCUUAUGUGUACAGUAAUAAUCCACUUAUCGAGUCCUGUACACGUAUCCCAGGCCACACACUAUCCACAGGGCUGGCGAGAUGCCCCGGGCUCGUUAAAUGAGUUUCCAGUUGGAGUUAUACAGGGCAAAACGCAGACAAUCAUCGAUCCUUGGAAUUAUCUACAGAGAAUGGGAGUUUUUAAGCUAAUGGUCAAACACUCGGAGCCUUUCUUUAAUUCCUGGGGGUAUAAUAACACUGGGAAUCUCCUCUGGGGACUGCCGCUUCAGUUCGGAUGGCAAAAGAUGUCCGGUCGCCUUCGUGACAUGAGGAGUAACCAUGGUAAUGUUGGAUGUGGAGACUAUUGCGUAUCUCCCACCAGCUGGUGGGCCGAUAUGAACUACUACCUCUCUGUGCUUCCUUUCCUGGGAGCCUUGAAUUCUGGGAUAUUCUCACCGCUUAAGUAUCCUUUGUAUAUCACCAAACCAGCCAACGUGAGCGAGAAAGUCAAACAAAAGUUCUGUACCAGUAUUGAAGAGUGCAAGGUAAAACAUGGUGAGGUGAUUCAGGACUGGACAGAGUUUUUCCGGCGAAUUAAGGUUGCUUCUUCUGCAUCCGAUCACGAUGCCACAGUAGCACUGAUGUGGAAGGCGCACACCACAUCUAUUAAACACGGUGAGUCAAUCAACAGUCCUUAAUCCAUCCACCCCAAAAAGGACUCUCGUCUUACUGGAACAGGAUAGCGAAAUAAAUCGAACUUUUUCUAGCCUAGCAGGCGUUAAAGGGUGGGGUGGGGGGACGGAGGGGGAAGGGUAAAAAAGAGAAGAACGAGGGAGGAAAAAAAUAAGGGAGAGGGGAUCGGGGAGAGAAGGAUGGAAGGAACGCCAGCGUUUCCCUUCUUUUCUUUGUGUUGAGCGAAGAGACGGGGUUAACUUGAAAAGAAUUCACUUUAAAAUUGAGCCUUACCAGGGAGCUUGUAUCCAUAGGAUCAACUGACAUUGUAUUGGAUGGUGAUGACGCAUGUGAUGACAAAAAGUCUCCUAAGAAAGCUAGAUAAGUCUUAAAAAAAAAAAAUACUAUCUAACGAUCUCUUGGCAGUUAUUCUUAACUUAUCGAUGUUCUUAUGUGAUAAGUUCCUCACGAAUUUUGACUGUUUUGUCACUCCCUAGGGCUUCCCCUAUUCACUGAAGAAGCCAGCCUACUAUCAGAACCAGAGAAGAACUUUGGGAUGGGAUGGGCACUAUCGGUAGACUUCAUUGCAGCUACACAUUUUCAAACCAAUCUCAACGAUACAUGUCAACAGCAGUCAUCGCUGCCACCAAGAAUCUUGAAGAACGGUGACAUAGCUCCCUUCAUCAAGGACCUCACCGGUGCUCAAAAUCGUGUAAUUUUGGCGAUAAACUUCUUUCGGAUCGUAAACACUGAAACCGAGGGAUUGCUGCUAAAAGUCUGGCGCAGAGCAAUGUGUUCACCACAGGGUCGCUCUAUUGGUUUAAAGCUGUUAGAAGACGUGGCAAAUAAACCUUGGAUCGUCCCUAGGAUGUUGAUAUCACUGCUUAAGGCCCUGUUUAAGUAUCCUUGCCAAUACAAACUGACACCACCCAAUUGAUGUUGCAAAAAGAGCAGAUUUCACUGUAAUCAUAAAGAACUUUAACCUCGUUAGAAUGACCUAACUAUAGCCAUAUGGCUAUAGUUAGGUCAUUUCAGUGUUGGCCACAGAGGUUUGUCCGCAAAUCCACGAGAUAUCAGGCAGAUUUCUUUAUGAUAAAUUGUUACAUUAUUAACAAAUAUUUUUUUGUCAUCGCUUUGCAGCUGUCGGGAUUAAUCUCAUGAUGCGUAUAUAUUUUGUUAUGUAAACCACAUUCAAAUCAUCGUGCACUUUUUCAAUACCG